AGGACGGCUGGUAGCCAGGAGACCAGGACUGAGACCUGCUCACAACUUCCAGGUUCUGGACGACAGCUGAGACCGGCUGAGCCUCCAGGAGAUGCUGACGCGGAUGCGGAGGAGGAGGAUUCUGUUAAUGACGUGGCAGUAGAAGACAUCCGUCCAAGACCACAAGGAUCCUCUCCAGUUUAUGAAUAUAUAGAAGGAGAAUAUUUAAAGCUUGAAGACGAAAAUAAAAAAAAUUCUACAGACAAAUCAAAACAGAGUCAUCCACAGGAGACAAUGGAAGUGACCCUGAAAACAGAAGUGGAAGCUGGUGCUAGUGGUUUUAGUGUGAUGGGCGGAGGAAAUGACGGAAUAUUUAUUAAAAAAGUACUUAAGGAAUCUCCUGCUUCAAAAAUAUUUAGUCUGAGAGAAGGUGAUCAGCUCCUAAGUGCUACAGUAUUUUUCGAUAAUAUCAAAUAUGAAGAUGCCCUCAAGAUUCUCCAAUAUUCCGAGCCAUACAGAGUCCAAUUCAGCCUCAAAAGAAAAAUUACUGGGAAAGAAGAGCUAGCACACAUUCACUCUACAGCCCAGUACAAAAAGGAUAAAUUAAGCCAGGAAAAAGAACUCAGUGAGAGCAUUCCUGAAGAAACACUGCACCUUUCUGGAAAAGCUACUUCAGAAGAAGACAGGGAAACAUUAAUUGCAAGCCAAAGGGUAGGAAGAAGCAAAAGACCUAAAAAAGACAGAUUAUCAUGGCCAAAGUUCCAAUCAAUGAAAAAUAAAAAGAUACUCGGGCACAGAAGAUCUCAUAGUACAUCCGAUGCAUAUGAGCCUGCUAUACAGGAUAUUUCCCCUACGAGCACAGACACAGAGUCACAAUUUCAACAAGAAGUCCCUAUGAAAGAAAAAAAAGGAAGCCAAAAGAAACUGAAGUUCCCUAGCAUUGGGUUCAGAAUGCACAGAUCUAAACCAGAAACACAGGACAAGACAAAAAAAGAAAUAAAAACAACACUGCUAUCUGAAAAACAAAAAAUAUAUAAAGAAGAGAUCAGCCUGGAAAAUCCUGAAAUACUGACUGUUGAAUAUACCACAUCUCCUGCUUAUGAAAUUAAAACAGGGGAAGUACAUGAAACUUUAACAAAAGACUUAAAAGAUAUGAAAAAUGGAAUUCCAUCUCAUGCAAAAAAAUGCCCUGAAGUUGAAAUAAGCAUAAAAAAAGAAAAAGACAAGGAAUCAACAACAACAACAUUUACUGUACCUGAAGUAUCAGCUAUAACAACAGAAAUAUCAAAGCCCAGUGUAGAAACACCUGAUCUGACAGAAAGCCCAACUAAAAAAACACCACAAACCUCCUCAAAAUCACGAAAAAAGAAACAGAAAGGAACAGCAGAUAAAAGAGAAAGUGGAACUAACAUAGACCUGACGGGUCACACAGCACAAGGAUCCAUACAGGUAAAAGGCCUAGAAGUAGGCAUUGCUAAAGCAGAAUUACACACACCACCUGACACAACGGAAACAGGAGAAAAACAAGCAGAAGAUGACACACAAAUUCAGAAAACAAAAUCUGGGAUUUCAGUGACCAAAAGAAAAGAGCCAGAGACUGAAAACUCCAAACUGGGAAGUGAUGAUCCACAUUCACUACCAGAAAAAAGAGCUGAUACAAGUUCAGAAGAUGGUAGGAUUAUGGAUGUGAAACCUCACAUGCCUGAUGCAGAAUCUGAAGUAUCUACUUGGAAAAUGCAAAUGCCAUCAUUCAAAAUAACCAGAAGUCCUAAAACUGACAUGAAAAUACCAAGAGAAGAAAGGACGGUUGACUCAUUAGAUAACAUGAAAAAGGAACUGAGAGAAGAAGGUGACAUGCACACAAGUGAGAACACCGAGAAGAUGGAAACUGGCAUGAAGAUAGGAGAAAAGGAAGUAGAGGGAAAAGAAAGCAAAUUCCGACUGCCAAAGCUUAAAUUACCUACAUUUACCUGGACAACUACACGGGAUGAGACAGGGCAAACCGAAACUCAGGUAAGCGACAGGGAAGGAGAAAUUCCAAAGGAAGGAACAGUGCCAUCCCUAGAAGCAAAUGAAAAAACAGCAACAGGAGAAUCAAGAGAAGACAAGAAAGGUCCAAUUUCAGAAAUGGAAAUAACAAUAUCCAAAGAAAAAACAAACGACAAUGACAUAAAACAAAUACUGCAAGGCCACAAGCCAGUUAUGAAUAAUGUAACUGUAAAAGACUCAUCAAAUGAGUACCAUUUGAAAGACCUAGAAGACAAAAUGGAUAUUACAAAACCCUAUACUGAAAUAAAAAAUGGUGAAGUGAGUAUAUCACUACAGAAAACAAAAGACAUAAAUGAAACAGUGACUGUCACAGGGGAGGGCCCCGCGCUGGGCCUCAAAGCCGACAUCCCCGGGGCCAAAACUGAAGGCGCCGGCUGGAAGGUGGAGAAGCCCUCCCUCAAAAUGCCCAAAGCUGACCUCAAAGCUCCCAAGGUGGACAUCAGCCUCCCCUCCGUCGACGUCACCCUUCCAAAGGCCAGCGUCGACCUGCAGGCCCCCGAGGCGGCCCUCAGCCUCGAAGGAGAAGCAAAAGCCCCAGAGAAGGAGGCCGCCAAGACCAAGGACGGCAAGUUCAAGAUGCCCAAGUUCGGCAUGCCUUCCUUUGGCUGGUCCAGCAGCAGAGAGGCCAAGGCCACCGUGGCCGCCGCUGACGUGGACGUCGGCCUCAAGGAGCCCCAGGUGACGGUGCCCUCGGGAACCGCCGAAGUCGACGUCACCCUGCCCACGGCCGACAUCCAAGCGCCCAGCGUGGAGGUGACCGUCGAGACGCCUGCCGCAGGAGAAGGCGAGAAAGGCCGGUUCAAGAUGCCCGACGUCAAGAUGCCCAGCGUCAAGCUGCCCAAAGUCAAAGGUCCCCACGUGCAGGUCAGCCUGCCAAAGGCGGAGGGCUCGCUGCCCAAAGGCCAGGCCGAAGUCCCGGAGGGCGAACUCAGCCUGCAGGGCCCCGACGCCGAAGGUGGCCUGGAGGUGGCCGCCGGCAAAGUUGAGGGGGCUGGCAUGAAGAUACACAUGCCCAAAGUCAAGGUGCCCAGCGUGGUCUUCUCCAAGCCCACCGUCAAGGCUCCCAAACUGGACGCAGACGUCAGCCUGCACAAAGGCGACGCCAGCCUCCCAGAGGCAGACCUCAAGGCCGGCGACGCCACCAUCGCGGCCCCCGACAUCAAGCUGCCCUCCGUGGAAGGCUCCCUCGAGCUCCAGGCGCCCGAGGUAGACCUCAAAGUGCCCUCUGGCGAAGGCUCGCUUGACGGAGCCGAGCUGGAAGCCACCGGCCUCAAAGGCAAGUUUAAGAUGCCCAAAUUCGACAAGCCCAAGUUUGGAGUCUCGCCUCCCAAGGUGGAAGGGCUGGAAGGCGAGGUCAGCCUGCCCUCCGCAGAGGUCGACCUCCCCUCCGCCACCAUCACGGCCGCAGGGGAGGGCCCCGCGCUGGGCCUCAAAGCCGACGUCCCCGGGGCCAAAACUGAAGGCGCCGGCUGGAAGGUGGAGAAGCCCUCCCUCAAAAUGCCCAAAGCUGACAUCAAAGCUCCCAAGGUGGACAUCAGCCUCCCCUCCGUCGACGUCACCCUUCCAAAGGCCAGCGUCGACCUGCAGGCCCCCGAGGCGGCCCUCAGCCUCGAAGGAGAAGCAAAAGCCCCAGAGAAGGAGGCCGCCAAGACCAAGGACGGCAAGUUCAAGAUGCCCAAGUUCGGCAUGCCUUCCUUUGGCUGGUCCAGCAGCAGAGAGGCCAAGGCCACCGUGGCCGCCGCUGACGUGGACGUCGGCCUCAAGGAGCCCCAGGUGACGGUGCCCUCGGGAACCGCCGAAGUCGACGUCACCCUGCCCACGGCCGACAUCCAAGCGCCCAGCGUGGAGGUGACCGUCGAGACGCCUGCCGCAGGAGAAGGCGAGAAAGGCCGGUUCAAGAUGCCCGACGUCAAGAUGCCCAGCGUCAAGCUGCCCAAAGUCAAAGGUCCCCACGUGCAGGUCAGCCUGCCAAAGGCGGAGGGCUCGCUGCCCAAAGGCCAGGCCGAAGUCCCGGAGGGCGAACUCAGCCUGCAGGGCCCCGACGCCGAAGGUGGCCUGGAGGUGGCCGCCGGCAAAGUUGAGGGGGCUGGCAUGAAGAUACACAUGCCCAAAGUCAAGGUGCCCAGCGUGGUCUUCUCCAAGCCCACCGUCAAGGCUCCCAAACUGGACGCAGACGUCAGCCUGCACAAAGGCGACGCCAGCCUCCCAGAGGCAGACCUCAAGGCCGGCGACGCCACCAUCGCGGCCCCCGACAUCAAGCUGCCCUCCGUGGAAGGCUCCCUCGAGCUCCAGGCGCCCGAGGUAGACCUCAAAGUGCCCUCUGGCGAAGGCUCGCUUGACGGAGCCGAGCUGGAAGCCACCGGCCUCAAAGGCAAGUUUAAGAUGCCCAAAUUCGACAAGCCCAAGUUUGGAGUCUCGCCUCCCAAGGUGGAAGGGCUGGAAGGCGAGGUCAGCCUGCCCUCCGCAGAGGUCGACCUCCCCUCCGCCACCAUCACGGCCGCAGGGGAGGGCCCCGCGCUGGGCCUCAAAGCCGACGUCCCCGGGGCCAAAACUGAAGGCGCCGGCUGGAAGGUGGAGAAGCCCUCCCUCAAAAUGCCCAAAGCUGACAUCAAAGCUCCCAAGGUGGACAUCAGCCUCCCCUCCGUCGACGUCACCCUUCCAAAGGCCAGCGUCGACCUGCAGGCCCCCGAGGCGGCCCUCAGCCUCGAAGGAGAAGCAAAAGCCCCAGAGAAGGAGGCCGCCAAGACCAAGGACGGCAAGUUCAAGAUGCCCAAGUUCGGCAUGCCUUCCUUUGGCUGGUCCAGCAGCAGAGAGGCCAAGGCCACCGUGGCCGCCGCUGACGUGGACGUCGGCCUCAAGGAGCCCCAGGUGACGGUGCCCUCGGGAACCGCCGAAGUCGACGUCACCCUGCCCACGGCCGACAUCCAAGCGCCCAGCGUGGAGGUGACCGUCGAGACGCCUGCCGCAGGAGAAGGCGAGAAAGGCCGGUUCAAGAUGCCCGACGUCAAGAUGCCCAGCGUCAAGCUGCCCAAAGUCAAAGGUCCCCACGUGCAGGUCAGCCUGCCAAAGGCGGAGGGCUCGCUGCCCAAAGGCCAGGCCGAAGUCCCGGAGGGCGAACUCAGCCUGCAGGGCCCCGACGCCGAAGGUGGCCUGGAGGUGGCCGCCGGCAAAGUUGAGGGGGCUGGCAUGAAGAUACACAUGCCCAAAGUCAAGGUGCCCAGCGUGGUCUUCUCCAAGCCCACCGUCAAGGCUCCCAAACUGGACGCAGACGUCAGCCUGCACAAAGGCGACGCCAGCCUCCCAGAGGCAGACCUCAAGGCCGGCGACGCCACCAUCGCGGCCCCCGACAUCAAGCUGCCCUCCGUGGAAGGCUCCCUCGAGCUCCAGGCGCCCGAGGUAGACCUCAAAGUGCCCUCUGGCGAAGGCUCGCUUGACGGAGCCGAGCUGGAAGCCACCGGCCUCAAAGGCAAGUUUAAGAUGCCCAAAUUCGACAAGCCCAAGUUUGGAGUCUCGCCUCCCAAGGUGGAAGGGCUGGAAGGCGAGGUCAGCCUGCCCUCCGCAGAGGUCGACCUCCCCUCCGCCACCAUCACGGCCGCAGGGGAGGGCCCCGCGCUGGGCCUCAAAGCCGACGUCCCCGGGGCCAAAACUGAAGGCGCCGGCUGGAAGGUGGAGAAGCCCUCCCUCAAAAUGCCCAAAGCUGACAUCAAAGCUCCCAAGGUGGACAUCAGCCUCCCCUCCGUCGACGUCACCCUUCCAAAGGCCAGCGUCGACCUGCAGGCCCCCGAGGCGGCCCUCAGCCUCGAAGGAGAAGCAAAAGCCCCAGAGAAGGAGGCCGCCAAGACCAAGGACGGCAAGUUCAAGAUGCCCAAGUUCGGCAUGCCUUCCUUUGGCUGGUCCAGCAGCAGAGAGGCCAAGGCCACCGUGGCCGCCGCUGACGUGGACGUCGGCCUCAAGGAGCCCCAGGUGACGGUGCCCUCGGGAACCGCCGAAGUCGACGUCACCCUGCCCACGGCCGACAUCCAAGCGCCCAGCGUGGAGGUGACCGUCGAGACGCCUGCCGCAGGAGAAGGCGAGAAAGGCCGGUUCAAGAUGCCCGACGUCAAGAUGCCCAGCGUCAAGCUGCCCAAAGUCAAAGGUCCCCACGUGCAGGUCAGCCUGCCAAAGGCGGAGGGCUCGCUGCCCAAAGGCCAGGCCGAAGUCCCGGAGGGCGAACUCAGCCUGCAGGGCCCCGACGCCGAAGGUGGCCUGGAGGUGGCCGCCGGCAAAGUUGAGGGGGCUGGCAUGAAGAUACACAUGCCCAAAGUCAAGGUGCCCAGCGUGGUCUUCUCCAAGCCCACCGUCAAGGCUCCCAAACUGGACGCAGACGUCAGCCUGCACAAAGGCGACGCCAGCCUCCCAGAGGCAGACCUCAAGGCCGGCGACGCCACCAUCGCGGCCCCCGACAUCAAGCUGCCCUCCGUGGAAGGCUCCCUCGAGCUCCAGGCGCCCGAGGUAGACCUCAAAGUGCCCUCUGGCGAAGGCUCGCUUGACGGAGCCGAGCUGGAAGCCACCGGCCUCAAAGGCAAGUUUAAGAUGCCCAAAUUCGACAAGCCCAAGUUUGGAGUCUCGCCUCCCAAGGUGGAAGGGCUGGAAGGCGAGGUCAGCCUGCCCUCCGCAGAGGUCGACCUCCCCUCCGCCACCAUCACGGCCGCAGGGGAGGGCCCCGCGCUGGGCCUCAAAGCCGACGUCCCCGGGGCCAAAACUGAAGGCGCCGGCUGGAAGGUGGAGAAGCCCUCCCUCAAAAUGCCCAAAGCUGACAUCAAAGCUCCCAAGGUGGACAUCAGCCUCCCCUCCGUCGACGUCACCCUUCCAAAGGCCAGCGUCGACCUGCAGGCCCCCGAGGCGGCCCUCAGCCUCGAAGGAGAAGCAAAAGCCCCAGAGAAGGAGGCCGCCAAGACCAAGGACGGCAAGUUCAAGAUGCCCAAGUUCGGCAUGCCUUCCUUUGGCUGGUCCAGCAGCAGAGAGGCCAAGGCCACCGUGGCCGCCGCUGACGUGGACGUCGGCCUCAAGGAGCCCCAGGUGACGGUGCCCUCGGGAACCGCCGAAGUCGACGUCACCCUGCCCACGGCCGACAUCCAAGCGCCCAGCGUGGAGGUGACCGUCGAGACGCCUGCCGCAGGAGAAGGCGAGAAAGGCCGGUUCAAGAUGCCCGACGUCAAGAUGCCCAGCGUCAAGCUGCCCAAAGUCAAAGGUCCCCACGUGCAGGUCAGCCUGCCAAAGGCGGAGGGCUCGCUGCCCAAAGGCCAGGCCGAAGUCCCGGAGGGCGAACUCAGCCUGCAGGGCCCCGACGCCGAAGGUGGCCUGGAGGUGGCCGCCGGCAAAGUUGAGGGGGCUGGCAUGAAGAUACACAUGCCCAAAGUCAAGGUGCCCAGCGUGGUCUUCUCCAAGCCCACCGUCAAGGCUCCCAAACUGGACGCAGACGUCAGCCUGCACAAAGGCGACGCCAGCCUCCCAGAGGCAGACCUCAAGGCCGGCGACGCCACCAUCGCGGCCCCCGACAUCAAGCUGCCCUCCGUGGAAGGCUCCCUCGAGCUCCAGGCGCCCGAGGUAGACCUCAAAGUGCCCUCUGGCGAAGGCUCGCUUGACGGAGCCGAGCUGGAAGCCACCGGCCUCAAAGGCAAGUUUAAGAUGCCCAAAUUCGACAAGCCCAAGUUUGGAGUCUCGCCUCCCAAGGUGGAAGGGCUGGAAGGCGAGGUCAGCCUGCCCUCCGCAGAGGUCGACCUCCCCUCCGCCACCAUCACGGCCGCAGGGGAGGGCCCCGCGCUGGGCCUCAAAGCCGACGUCCCCGGGGCCAAAACUGAAGGCGCCGGCUGGAAGGUGGAGAAGCCCUCCCUCAAAAUGCCCAAAGCUGACAUCAAAGCUCCCAAGGUGGACAUCAGCCUCCCCUCCGUCGACGUCACCCUUCCAAAGGCCAGCGUCGACCUGCAGGCCCCCGAGGCGGCCCUCAGCCUCGAAGGAGAAGCAAAAGCCCCAGAGAAGGAGGCCGCCAAGACCAAGGACGGCAAGUUCAAGAUGCCCAAGUUCGGCAUGCCUUCCUUUGGCUGGUCCAGCAGCAGAGAGGCCAAGGCCACCGUGGCCGCCGCUGACGUGGACGUCGGCCUCAAGGAGCCCCAGGUGACGGUGCCCUCGGGAACCGCCGAAGUCGACGUCACCCUGCCCACGGCCGACAUCCAAGCGCCCAGCGUGGAGGUGACCGUCGAGACGCCUGCCGCAGGAGAAGGCGAGAAAGGCCGGUUCAAGAUGCCCGACGUCAAGAUGCCCAGCGUCAAGCUGCCCAAAGUCAAAGGUCCCCACGUGCAGGUCAGCCUGCCAAAGGCGGAGGGCUCGCUGCCCAAAGGCCAGGCCGAAGUCCCGGAGGGCGAACUCAGCCUGCAGGGCCCCGACGCCGAAGGUGGCCUGGAGGUGGCCGCCGGCAAAGUUGAGGGGGCUGGCAUGAAGAUACACAUGCCCAAAGUCAAGGUGCCCAGCGUGGUCUUCUCCAAGCCCACCGUCAAGGCUCCCAAACUGGACGCAGACGUCAGCCUGCACAAAGGCGACGCCAGCCUCCCAGAGGCAGACCUCAAGGCCGGCGACGCCACCAUCGCGGCCCCCGACAUCAAGCUGCCCUCCGUGGAAGGCUCCCUCGAGCUCCAGGCGCCCGAGGUAGACCUCAAAGUGCCCUCUGGCGAAGGCUCGCUUGACGGAGCCGAGCUGGAAGCCACCGGCCUCAAAGGCAAGUUUAAGAUGCCCAAAUUCGACAAGCCCAAGUUUGGAGUCUCGCCUCCCAAGGUGGAAGGGCUGGAAGGCGAGGUCAGCCUGCCCUCCGCAGAGGUCGACCUCCCCUCCGCCACCAUCACGGCCGCAGGGGAGGGCCCCGCGCUGGGCCUCAAAGCCGACGUCCCCGGGGCCAAAACUGAAGGCGCCGGCUGGAAGGUGGAGAAGCCCUCCCUCAAAAUGCCCAAAGCUGACAUCAAAGCUCCCAAGGUGGACAUCAGCCUCCCCUCCGUCGACGUCACCCUUCCAAAGGCCAGCGUCGACCUGCAGGCCCCCGAGGCGGCCCUCAGCCUCGAAGGAGAAGCAAAAGCCCCAGAGAAGGAGGCCGCCAAGACCAAGGACGGCAAGUUCAAGAUGCCCAAGUUCGGCAUGCCUUCCUUUGGCUGGUCCAGCAGCAGAGAGGCCAAGGCCACCGUGGCCGCCGCUGACGUGGACGUCGGCCUCAAGGAGCCCCAGGUGACGGUGCCCUCGGGAACCGCCGAAGUCGACGUCACCCUGCCCACGGCCGACAUCCAAGCGCCCAGCGUGGAGGUGACCGUCGAGACGCCUGCCGCAGGAGAAGGCGAGAAAGGCCGGUUCAAGAUGCCCGACGUCAAGAUGCCCAGCGUCAAGCUGCCCAAAGUCAAAGGUCCCCACGUGCAGGUCAGCCUGCCAAAGGCGGAGGGCUCGCUGCCCAAAGGCCAGGCCGAAGUCCCGGAGGGCGAACUCAGCCUGCAGGGCCCCGACGCCGAAGGUGGCCUGGAGGUGGCCGCCGGCAAAGUUGAGGGGGCUGGCAUGAAGAUACACAUGCCCAAAGUCAAGGUGCCCAGCGUGGUCUUCUCCAAGCCCACCGUCAAGGCUCCCAAACUGGACGCAGACGUCAGCCUGCACAAAGGCGACGCCAGCCUCCCAGAGGCAGACCUCAAGGCCGGCGACGCCACCAUCGCGGCCCCCGACAUCAAGCUGCCCUCCGUGGAAGGCUCCCUCGAGCUCCAGGCGCCCGAGGUAGACCUCAAAGUGCCCUCUGGCGAAGGCUCGCUUGACGGAGCCGAGCUGGAAGCCACCGGCCUCAAAGGCAAGUUUAAGAUGCCCAAAUUCGACAAGCCCAAGUUUGGAGUCUCGCCUCCCAAGGUGGAAGGGCUGGAAGGCGAGGUCAGCCUGCCCUCCGCAGAGGUCGACCUCCCCUCCGCCACCAUCACGGCCGCAGGGGAGGGCCCCGCGCUGGGCCUCAAAGCCGACGUCCCCGGGGCCAAAACUGAAGGCGCCGGCUGGAAGGUGGAGAAGCCCUCCCUCAAAAUGCCCAAAGCUGACAUCAAAGCUCCCAAGGUGGACAUCAGCCUCCCCUCCGUCGACGUCACCCUUCCAAAGGCCAGCGUCGACCUGCAGGCCCCCGAGGCGGCCCUCAGCCUCGAAGGAGAAGCAAAAGCCCCAGAGAAGGAGGCCGCCAAGACCAAGGACGGCAAGUUCAAGAUGCCCAAGUUCGGCAUGCCUUCCUUUGGCUGGUCCAGCAGCAGAGAGGCCAAGGCCACCGUGGCCGCCGCUGACGUGGACGUCGGCCUCAAGGAGCCCCAGGUGACGGUGCCCUCGGGAACCGCCGAAGUCGACGUCACCCUGCCCACGGCCGACAUCCAAGCGCCCAGCGUGGAGGUGACCGUCGAGACGCCUGCCGCAGGAGAAGGCGAGAAAGGCCGGUUCAAGAUGCCCGACGUCAAGAUGCCCAGCGUCAAGCUGCCCAAAGUCAAAGGUCCCCACGUGCAGGUCAGCCUGCCAAAGGCGGAGGGCUCGCUGCCCAAAGGCCAGGCCGAAGUCCCGGAGGGCGAACUCAGCCUGCAGGGCCCCGACGCCGAAGGUGGCCUGGAGGUGGCCGCCGGCAAAGUUGAGGGGGCUGGCAUGAAGAUACACAUGCCCAAAGUCAAGGUGCCCAGCGUGGUCUUCUCCAAGCCCACCGUCAAGGCUCCCAAACUGGACGCAGACGUCAGCCUGCACAAAGGCGACGCCAGCCUCCCAGAGGCAGACCUCAAGGCCGGCGACGCCACCAUCGCGGCCCCCGACAUCAAGCUGCCCUCCGUGGAAGGCUCCCUCGAGCUCCAGGCGCCCGAGGUAGACCUCAAAGUGCCCUCUGGCGAAGGCUCGCUUGACGGAGCCGAGCUGGAAGCCACCGGCCUCAAAGGCAAGUUUAAGAUGCCCAAAUUCGACAAGCCCAAGUUUGGAGUCUCGCCUCCCAAGGUGGAAGGGCUGGAAGGCGAGGUCAGCCUGCCCUCCGCAGAGGUCGACCUCCCCUCCGCCACCAUCACGGCCGCAGGGGAGGGCCCCGCGCUGGGCCUCAAAGCCGACGUCCCCGGGGCCAAAACUGAAGGCGCCGGCUGGAAGGUGGAGAAGCCCUCCCUCAAAAUGCCCAAAGCUGACAUCAAAGCUCCCAAGGUGGACAUCAGCCUCCCCUCCGUCGACGUCACCCUUCCAAAGGCCAGCGUCGACCUGCAGGCCCCCGAGGCGGCCCUCAGCCUCGAAGGAGAAGCAAAAGCCCCAGAGAAGGAGGCCGCCAAGACCAAGGACGGCAAGUUCAAGAUGCCCAAGUUCGGCAUGCCUUCCUUUGGCUGGUCCAGCAGCAGAGAGGCCAAGGCCACCGUGGCCGCCGCUGACGUGGACGUCGGCCUCAAGGAGCCCCAGGUGACGGUGCCCUCGGGAACCGCCGAAGUCGACGUCACCCUGCCCACGGCCGACAUCCAAGCGCCCAGCGUGGAGGUGACCGUCGAGACGCCUGCCGCAGGAGAAGGCGAGAAAGGCCGGUUCAAGAUGCCCGACGUCAAGAUGCCCAGCGUCAAGCUGCCCAAAGUCAAAGGUCCCCACGUGCAGGUCAGCCUGCCAAAGGCGGAGGGCUCGCUGCCCAAAGGCCAGGCCGAAGUCCCGGAGGGCGAACUCAGCCUGCAGGGCCCCGACGCCGAAGGUGGCCUGGAGGUGGCCGCCGGCAAAGUUGAGGGGGCUGGCAUGAAGAUACACAUGCCCAAAGUCAAGGUGCCCAGCGUGGUCUUCUCCAAGCCCACCGUCAAGGCUCCCAAACUGGACGCAGACGUCAGCCUGCACAAAGGCGACGCCAGCCUCCCAGAGGCAGACCUCAAGGCCGGCGACGCCACCAUCGCGGCCCCCGACAUCAAGCUGCCCUCCGUGGAAGGCUCCCUCGAGCUCCAGGCGCCCGAGGUAGACCUCAAAGUGCCCUCUGGCGAAGGCUCGCUUGACGGAGCCGAGCUGGAAGCCACCGGCCUCAAAGGCAAGUUUAAGAUGCCCAAAUUCGACAAGCCCAAGUUUGGAGUCUCGCCUCCCAAGGUGGAAGGGCUGGAAGGCGAGGUCAGCCUGCCCUCCGCAGAGGUCGACCUCCCCUCCGCCACCAUCACGGCCGCAGGGGAGGGCCCCGCGCUGGGCCUCAAAGCCGACGUCCCCGGGGCCAAAACUGAAGGCGCCGGCUGGAAGGUGGAGAAGCCCUCCCUCAAAAUGCCCAAAGCUGACAUCAAAGCUCCCAAGGUGGACAUCAGCCUCCCCUCCGUCGACGUCACCCUUCCAAAGGCCAGCGUCGACCUGCAGGCCCCCGAGGCGGCCCUCAGCCUCGAAGGAGAAGCAAAAGCCCCAGAGAAGGAGGCCGCCAAGACCAAGGACGGCAAGUUCAAGAUGCCCAAGUUCGGCAUGCCUUCCUUUGGCUGGUCCAGCAGCAGAGAGGCCAAGGCCACCGUGGCCGCCGCUGACGUGGACGUCGGCCUCAAGGAGCCCCAGGUGACGGUGCCCUCGGGAACCGCCGAAGUCGACGUCACCCUGCCCACGGCCGACAUCCAAGCGCCCAGCGUGGAGGUGACCGUCGAGACGCCUGCCGCAGGAGAAGGCGAGAAAGGCCGGUUCAAGAUGCCCGACGUCAAGAUGCCCAGCGUCAAGCUGCCCAAAGUCAAAGGUCCCCACGUGCAGGUCAGCCUGCCAAAGGCGGAGGGCUCGCUGCCCAAAGGCCAGGCCGAAGUCCCGGAGGGCGAACUCAGCCUGCAGGGCCCCGACGCCGAAGGUGGCCUGGAGGUGGCCGCCGGCAAAGUUGAGGGGGCUGGCAUGAAGAUACACAUGCCCAAAGUCAAGGUGCCCAGCGUGGUCUUCUCCAAGCCCACCGUCAAGGCUCCCAAACUGGACGCAGACGUCAGCCUGCACAAAGGCGACGCCAGCCUCCCAGAGGCAGACCUCAAGGCCGGCGACGCCACCAUCGCGGCCCCCGACAUCAAGCUGCCCUCCGUGGAAGGCUCCCUCGAGCUCCAGGCGCCCGAGGUAGACCUCAAAGUGCCCUCUGGCGAAGGCUCGCUUGACGGAGCCGAGCUGGAAGCCACCGGCCUCAAAGGCAAGUUUAAGAUGCCCAAAUUCGACAAGCCCAAGUUUGGAGUCUCGCCUCCCAAGGUGGAAGGGCUGGAAGGCGAGGUCAGCCUGCCCUCCGCAGAGGUCGACCUCCCCUCCGCCACCAUCACGGCCGCAGGGGAGGGCCCCGCGCUGGGCCUCAAAGCCGACGUCCCCGGGGCCAAAACUGAAGGCGCCGGCUGGAAGGUGGAGAAGCCCUCCCUCAAAAUGCCCAAAGCUGACAUCAAAGCUCCCAAGGUGGACAUCAGCCUCCCCUCCGUCGACGUCACCCUUCCAAAGGCCAGCGUCGACCUGCAGGCCCCCGAGGCGGCCCUCAGCCUCGAAGGAGAAGCAAAAGCCCCAGAGAAGGAGGCCGCCAAGACCAAGGACGGCAAGUUCAAGAUGCCCAAGUUCGGCAUGCCUUCCUUUGGCUGGUCCAGCAGCAGAGAGGCCAAGGCCACCGUGGCCGCCGCUGACGUGGACGUCGGCCUCAAGGAGCCCCAGGUGACGGUGCCCUCGGGAACCGCCGAAGUCGACGUCACCCUGCCCACGGCCGACAUCCAAGCGCCCAGCGUGGAGGUGACCGUCGAGACGCCUGCCGCAGGAGAAGGCGAGAAAGGCCGGUUCAAGAUGCCCGACGUCAAGAUGCCCAGCGUCAAGCUGCCCAAAGUCAAAGGUCCCCACGUGCAGGUCAGCCUGCCAAAGGCGGAGGGCUCGCUGCCCAAAGGCCAGGCCGAAGUCCCGGAGGGCGAACUCAGCCUGCAGGGCCCCGACGCCGAAGGUGGCCUGGAGGUGGCCGCCGGCAAAGUUGAGGGGGCUGGCAUGAAGAUACACAUGCCCAAAGUCAAGGUGCCCAGCGUGGUCUUCUCCAAGCCCACCGUCAAGGCUCCCAAACUGGACGCAGACGUCAGCCUGCACAAAGGCGACGCCAGCCUCCCAGAGGCAGACCUCAAGGCCGGCGACGCCACCAUCGCGGCCCCCGACAUCAAGCUGCCCUCCGUGGAAGGCUCCCUCGAGCUCCAGGCGCCCGAGGUAGACCUCAAAGUGCCCUCUGGCGAAGGCUCGCUUGACGGAGCCGAGCUGGAAGCCACCGGCCUCAAAGGCAAGUUUAAGAUGCCCAAAUUCGACAAGCCCAAGUUUGGAGUCUCGCCUCCCAAGGUGGAAGGGCUGGAAGGCGAGGUCAGCCUGCCCUCCGCAGAGGUCGACCUCCCCUCCGCCACCAUCACGGCCGCAGGGGAGGGCCCCGCGCUGGGCCUCAAAGCCGACGUCCCCGGGGCCAAAACUGAAGGCGCCGGCUGGAAGGUGGAGAAGCCCUCCCUCAAAAUGCCCAAAGCUGACAUCAAAGCUCCCAAGGUGGACAUCAGCCUCCCCUCCGUCGACGUCACCCUUCCAAAGGCCAGCGUCGACCUGCAGGCCCCCGAGGCGGCCCUCAGCCUCGAAGGAGAAGCAAAAGCCCCAGAGAAGGAGGCCGCCAAGACCAAGGACGGCAAGUUCAAGAUGCCCAAGUUCGGCAUGCCUUCCUUUGGCUGGUCCAGCAGCAGAGAGGCCAAGGCCACCGUGGCCGCCGCUGACGUGGACGUCGGCCUCAAGGAGCCCCAGGUGACGGUGCCCUCGGGAACCGCCGAAGUCGACGUCACCCUGCCCACGGCCGACAUCCAAGCGCCCAGCGUGGAGGUGACCGUCGAGACGCCUGCCGCAGGAGAAGGCGAGAAAGGCCGGUUCAAGAUGCCCGACGUCAAGAUGCCCAGCGUCAAGCUGCCCAAAGUCAAAGGUCCCCACGUGCAGGUCAGCCUGCCAAAGGCGGAGGGCUCGCUGCCCAAAGGCCAGGCCGAAGUCCCGGAGGGCGAACUCAGCCUGCAGGGCCCCGACGCCGAAGGUGGCCUGGAGGUGGCCGCCGGCAAAGUUGAGGGGGCUGGCAUGAAGAUACACAUGCCCAAAGUCAAGGUGCCCAGCGUGGUCUUCUCCAAGCCCACCGUCAAGGCUCCCAAACUGGACGCAGACGUCAGCCUGCACAAAGGCGACGCCAGCCUCCCAGAGGCAGACCUCAAGGCCGGCGACGCCACCAUCGCGGCCCCCGACAUCAAGCUGCCCUCCGUGGAAGGCUCCCUCGAGCUCCAGGCGCCCGAGGUAGACCUCAAAGUGCCCUCUGGCGAAGGCUCGCUUGACGGAGCCGAGCUGGAAGCCACCGGCCUCAAAGGCAAGUUUAAGAUGCCCAAAUUCGACAAGCCCAAGUUUGGAGUCUCGCCUCCCAAGGUGGAAGGGCUGGAAGGCGAGGUCAGCCUGCCCUCCGCAGAGGUCGACCUCCCCUCCGCCACCAUCACGGCCGCAGGGGAGGGCCCCGCGCUGGGCCUCAAAGCCGACGUCCCCGGGGCCAAAACUGAAGGCGCCGGCUGGAAGGUGGAGAAGCCCUCCCUCAAAAUGCCCAAAGCUGACAUCAAAGCUCCCAAGGUGGACAUCAGCCUCCCCUCCGUCGACGUCACCCUUCCAAAGGCCAGCGUCGACCUGCAGGCCCCCGAGGCGGCCCUCAGCCUCGAAGGAGAAGCAAAAGCCCCAGAGAAGGAGGCCGCCAAGACCAAGGACGGCAAGUUCAAGAUGCCCAAGUUCGGCAUGCCUUCCUUUGGCUGGUCCAGCAGCAGAGAGGCCAAGGCCACCGUGGCCGCCGCUGACGUGGACGUCGGCCUCAAGGAGCCCCAGGUGACGGUGCCCUCGGGAACCGCCGAAGUCGACGUCACCCUGCCCACGGCCGACAUCCAAGCGCCCAGCGUGGAGGUGACCGUCGAGACGCCUGCCGCAGGAGAAGGCGAGAAAGGCCGGUUCAAGAUGCCCGACGUCAAGAUGCCCAGCGUCAAGCUGCCCAAAGUCAAAGGUCCCCACGUGCAGGUCAGCCUGCCAAAGGCGGAGGGCUCGCUGCCCAAAGGCCAGGCCGAAGUCCCGGAGGGCGAACUCAGCCUGCAGGGCCCCGACGCCGAAGGUGGCCUGGAGGUGGCCGCCGGCAAAGUUGAGGGGGCUGGCAUGAAGAUACACAUGCCCAAAGUCAAGGUGCCCAGCGUGGUCUUCUCCAAGCCCACCGUCAAGGCUCCCAAACUGGACGCAGACGUCAGCCUGCACAAAGGCGACGCCAGCCUCCCAGAGGCAGACCUCAAGGCCGGCGACGCCACCAUCGCGGCCCCCGACAUCAAGCUGCCCUCCGUGGAAGGCUCCCUCGAGCUCCAGGCGCCCGAGGUAGACCUCAAAGUGCCCUCUGGCGAAGGCUCGCUUGACGGAGCCGAGCUGGAAGCCACCGGCCUCAAAGGCAAGUUUAAGAUGCCCAAAUUCGACAAGCCCAAGUUUGGAGUCUCGCCUCCCAAGGUGGAAGGGCCGGAAGGCGAGGUCAGCCUGCCCUCCGCAGAGGUCGACCUCCCCUCCGCCACCAUCACGGCCGCAGGGGAGGGCCCCGCGCUGGGCCUCAAAGCCGACGUCCCCGGGGCCAAAACUGAAGGCGCCGGCUGGAAGGUGGAGAAGCCCUCCCUCAAAAUGCCCAAAGCUGACAUCAAAGCUCCCAAGGUGGACAUCAGCCUCCCCUCCGUCGACGUCACCCUUCCAAAGGCCAGCGUCGACCUGCAGGCCCCCGAGGCGGCCCUCAGCCUCGAAGGAGAAGCAAAAGCCCCAGAGAAGGAGGCCGCCAAGACCAAGGACGGCAAGUUCAAGAUGCCCAAGUUCGGCAUGCCUUCCUUUGGCUGGUCCAGCAGCAGAGAGGCCAAGGCCACCGUGGCCGCCGCUGACGUGGACGUCGGCCUCAAGGAGCCCCAGGUGACGGUGCCCUCGGGAACCGCCGAAGUCGACGUCACCCUGCCCACGGCCGACAUCCAAGCGCCCAGCGUGGAGGUGACCGUCGAGACGCCUGCCGCAGGAGAAGGCGAGAAAGGCCGGUUCAAGAUGCCCGACGUCAAGAUGCCCAGCGUCAAGCUGCCCAAAGUCAAAGGUCCCCACGUGCAGGUCAGCCUGCCAAAGGCGGAGGGCUCGCUGCCCAAAGGCCAGGCCGAAGUCCCGGAGGGCGAACUCAGCCUGCAGGGCCCCGACGCCGAAGGUGGCCUGGAGGUGGCCGCCGGCAAAGUUGAGGGGGCUGGCAUGAAGAUACACAUGCCCAAAGUCAAGGUGCCCAGCGUGGUCUUCUCCAAGCCCACCGUCAAGGCUCCCAAACUGGACGCAGACGUCAGCCUGCACAAAGGCGACGCCAGCCUCCCAGAGGCAGACCUCAAGGCCGGCGACGCCACCAUCGCGGCCCCCGACAUCAAGCUGCCCUCCGUGGAAGGCUCCCUCGAGCUCCAGGCGCCCGAGGUAGACCUCAAAGUGCCCUCUGGCGAAGGCUCGCUUGACGGAGCCGAGCUGGAAGCCACCGGCCUCAAAGGCAAGUUUAAGAUGCCCAAAUUCGACAAGCCCAAGUUUGGAGUCUCGCCUCCCAAGGUGGAAGGGCCGGAAGGCGAGGUCAGCCUGCCCUCCGCAGAGGUCGACCUCCCCUCCGCCACCAUCACGGCCGCAGGGGAGGGCCCCGCGCUGGGCCUCAAAGCCGACGUCCCCGGGGCCAAAACUGAAGGCGCCGGCUGGAAGGUGGAGAAGCCCUCCCUCAAAAUGCCCAAAGCUGACAUCAAAGCUCCCAAGGUGGACAUCAGCCUCCCCUCCGUCGACGUCACCCUUCCAAAGGCCAGCGUCGACCUGCAGGCCCCCGAGGCGGCCCUCAGCCUCGAAGGAGAAGCAAAAGCCCCAGAGAAGGAGGCCGCCAAGACCAAGGACGGCAAGUUCAAGAUGCCCAAGUUCGGCAUGCCUUCCUUUGGCUGGUCCAGCAGCAGAGAGGCCAAGGCCACCGUGGCCGCCGCUGACGUGGACGUCGGCCUCAAGGAGCCCCAGGUGACGGUGCCCUUGGGAACCGCCGAAGUCGACGUCACCCUGCCCACGGCCGACAUUCAAGUGCCUGCUUUUGAAGUGAUCACUGAAUCUUCCUCAGGUAAAGAGGAUGAGAUGGGUAAAGCUAAAAGUUCUCUAUUUAGAAUGCCCAAGGUUUCUCUUUCUAAAAGUUCAAAACCUCAGGCACAGAGUAAAUCUGGAGUUGAAAUUUCUGUGUCAGAAUCUCUUUCAGUAACAGAUGAAACUUCUGCUGUUCUUUCAGGCAGUGUUGGAUCUAAGCAGCAUCCUGAUAAUAAGGGAGAUAGUGGCUCUAGGAGUACUAAAUUCAGAAUUCCUAGCUUGGGUUUCUCUAAAGUUGAUAUUGGUUCAUCUAAAAUUGAACAGGAUUUCCCAUUACCAAAAGGGGAUGUUACUCUUACUAAAUAUCAGAUUAAUCUUGCAGAAUCUGAAUCAAAAAUUUCUCAUGCUGAUGAGAAUUUUUCAGUAACAGAUUUUGUAAUUGUAAAUGAAGAUGGUUCAUUGGAGGAAGAAAGUCUGAAGCCAGGAGGGAAAACACCAGCUGCUGAAAUAUCUGCUGGUGACACGGAGUUUACAGUUAAAAUUCCUAAAUUCCGAAAACCAAAAUUUGGAAUUUCUUGGUCUAAGGGGAAACCAUCAGAAAGUUACAUUGGUCCAAAAGUGGAAUCUGAAAUUUCCAAGGAGAGGAUAACAUCUGAUGUGGCUGAUGCUGAUAUUGAAAAAUCCACUCCAAUCCCUGAUGCUGAAUUAGGUGUAAAGAUACACAAGCCUUCAUCUGAUGUUGUUCUCAGUGCUCCAAAGUUGGAUGUCAGUCUCCCAUCAAUGGAAGUUUCCAUACCGAAAUUAGAAGCGGAAAUCCAUGGCCCAGAUUUAGAGUCCAAGCCAGAACAGGAAGUAGUUCCAGGACAGAAGGACACAGAGGAAAAAGAAAACAAAUUUAAGACAUCAAAAUUCAAACUGCCAUCCUUCAGUUGGUCCCCAAAGAAGGAAGCAAGUGUUAAACCAGAUUCUGGAGCAAACUUGGAAGAUGCUAAACUUGCUCUAACAUCAGGCAGAAUAGACACAGAAGUGAGAGGAACUGCAACUGAUGAUCAAGGUACUGGGCCAGCCCUUGAUUUGGAAAUAGCUGCAGAAAAAGUUGAACAAAAAAGUCCAAUUAAAAAACCUCAAUUUGUUAUGCCUAAAAUUUCACUCUCCAAGAUCAAGGUUCCCAAAUCUCAGACACACUCACCAAAAGCUGAAGUUGAUGGUUCUAUUCCUAAAACAGAAAAGCAACGUGAAGAUUCAAUACAGAUACCUGAUAUAGAAAGAAGUCACUGUGAAAGGGCAGAAGAAGGGGCACAAAUAAACAUAAAACUACCUGCUGUUAAGAUCCCCACACCAGAGUUUUCCAAAAUAGAAACUGGAGCCUCUCAAACUGACAUGGGAGUCAGCUCAGCAAAGAUUGAUGCUGCUCUGCCUCCCUUAGAGGGGAGUUCCUUACAGGUUGUCCUAAAAUCAAGUUCUACUGAUGAAGAUACCAUUCAAAAAACAGGUAUUAAGUUCCCCAAAGUAGAAGCUUCAACUGAUCUGAGGAGCCCUGAAAUAGUAACAGAAAGAUCAUCAGUUGAGGAUGGAACAAAGAUUAAGUUGGAAGCACCUGAAGGAAAGAUAAAAAUGCCCAAAUUCCAGAAGCCAAAGUUUGGAAUCUCCUUAACAAAAGGGAAAGGCCCAGAGACGGAGGUCAGCUCUCCAAAAAUAGAAGCUGAGCUACCCCAGCUAAAAAUGGCAAACGAAAUUGCUGACAUUGCUGUGGGAGUUCCAGCAUCAGAACUUACAUCUGAUGUCUCAGAUCCUGGAGCAGGUGUUUAUGUUUCUAAGGUGAAAACACCCCAAGUUCUAACAGCUGGCAUUGAAGCUCCAAAGGUAGACUUAAGCCCCCAAUCAGCAUCUAAACCAAUGGCAGAGGGAGCUAUUGAGAGCCUUGAAGAGAAAGAAAUCAAAUUAAAAGAAGAACAUGAAAUAAAACCUGAAGAAGUUCAGACUGAAGAACAUCAGGGAUGGUUUAAAAUGCCAAAAUUCAGAAUGCCUUCAUUUGCCCGGACAUCCUUAAAGGAAAAAAAAGGUGAUGCUGGCAUUGAAAGAAGUAUGGAAAAAACUCAGGAAGACAUUCCCUCUGCCAAAGUACAAACUGAAACCAGUAUUCCUGAAAAUACCUUCUCAUUACCACAUGCUGUUGCUGAAAUUACUAUUGGAAAAGAAGGAACUCCAAAAUUAGGAGAUUCUGCGAAGAGUUCUGAGGUUAGCUUGCCAAAGGUGGAAGGAGAUAUUACAUUAUCUGUGGAAAGAACAGAUAGUAGAGUAAAUAUUCCAAAAACUGAAACUUACGCAGAUGUAGUUAAGCGCGGUGCUGAAGAACAAAAAAUGCAUACUUCCAAAAUCACAGUGUGUUCAGCAGAAUUGUCUAAAUCACACCUAAGUGCUUCAGAAACUGGCAAAGACAACAGUUUAACAAAUAGGUUUCCUACAGGUACUCUGACUGUUCAAGAGCAUAAAGUCAAAUCACAGGAUACAGCAGUCCUAAAGGUAGAAUGUUCCACUAAAUUAGAGACUUCAGAAUUAGGAUUCAAACCAUCAGCAGCUGAGAUUACUCUGGAUGCAACACAGGAGAAAAUAGAUCAAAAUCAAGAGGCAGUAAUUAAAAAAGGAAAGAUAGAGGGUGAGAUGAAAAUGAUAGGAAAAGACAGUGAUGGAAGCCAAUUAAAAAGGUCUAAGUUUGAACGGUCAACAUCAGAAGAUGGUGUUUAUGUUACAGCUAAGCUGGAAGAUGUAAAAGUAGAAGUUCCAGGAGUGAAAAUGGAUGUUAAAAUUGCUAGAGUAGAUCCUGAAAUGAAAUUUCAAAUGAAAAGUAUUGAAAAGGACAAGUCUGCGGGAGUGGAAGUGCAAGUAGAAGACAGAGCAGAAACAAGUAAAAUUAAAACAUACAAGUUUAAGAUUCCAAAGUUUGGAGUGGUGCAUUCAGAAGUGAAGGGUUUUGAAGAUGAUAUCAAUUUGCCAAAGUCGGAAGCUUAUUCAGUAUCUAAAACUGAAUUAGGCACAGCAGAAAUGCAGUUUCAAUCAUCAAAAACAUCCAUUGGCCUGGAAAGUUCAACGCUAGAUCUUAUGGAAGCAUCUAAGAGAGUAACAGUGGAAACAGUGGACAAAUCACAAGGUGGCCCAGAAGUAAAUGUAAAAAUUCCCAAAUUAAAAAUACCAAUAUUCACUUUCAAAGCUCUCCCAACUGAAGCUGAUGUUUCAGUGUCAAAAGUGCCAAGAGAUCCAAAGGGAUCUAGUACUGACAUUGAAGUAGUGCAACUGCAAGCAAGUUCUGCUAUCCCUGAAGUAACACAAGAGGCUCUAGAGGGUGCUAUUCAAAAAGCAAAAAGCAAAAUUCUAACAGUGACUGAACCUGACAUUAAAACAGCACAGGUGACUACUACCACUACUGCUGUAGAGUCCUCCCUUUCAAAUGCAGGGCACGACUUUCAUUGGUCAUAUGUAGAGGGCCAAGAAGUGAGUGAGAAAGUAGAACCUGAACAUGUUGCUAUUGAAAGGUGUGCGAUUUACUCUACUGAAAUACUGAAAGAAUCAGAGGUGCUCUCAUCAGAAGUCAAAACUGCUACUUUGGGAUUCUCACUGCUCAAGGCAAAGUUGCCUGAAUCACAUAGCAACUUAGAAGUGCUAGCCCAGCAGCCAUCUCUAAUGGAAGAUGCAUCCAUGAGCAAAACAAAAUGUGCUGAUGAAAGCUUUGGAGCAGCAGCCCACAGGUCUGGGAGUGCUGAGCUUAAACUAUCUGACAAACCACACAGCAAGACUGAAGAAUCUCGUGGAGAAGUAAGUUUGUCAAAGUUAAAAACCUUUGCUGUUGAAGUAAAGCCUUUCGAUAAACCUGAAGAGAGUCACCCUGAUAAGUCACCAGAGGGAAUAACUGCAGGUCCUCUCUCUAAAGGUAAGGAUGCAGCUGAAGCACUAGAAGAUGAAGAAAAAGAUAUAACCACUGAAAAGGAAAAGGCUGAUAGUAAAAGAUCUCCUGGAAGAUUCAAAUUUUGGCUUCCAACUAUUGGCUUUUCAUCUUCUGGUGAUGAAACAAGCACAGAUCCAAAAACAGAAGUAAAAAAAUCAGUUCCAGAAGACGUGAAACCUGCUGACACAUCAGAUAAUGAUUCUUCUAAGCAAACUGAAAAAACUGGAUGGUUUAGAUUUCCCAAGCUUGGCUUCACAUCUCCUUCCAAAAAGGCUAAGACUCUUGACAAAGAAGAGACAGGUCAUAAAGAGGAAAGAAUCUCAGAUGAAGAUAGUCCAUCAGAUAAACCUGAUGUAUUUUUUGAUGCGCAAGAAAGCUUAUCACCUAAAGAAAUAACAGAGGACAAAAAAGUUGAAAUUGAUGAGGCCUCAUCUGAUGUUCCAGUUUCUCGAACAAUUGUGACAUCUUCAGCAAGAACUGAACUAAUCUUGUUGGAAGAAGAAAAAGACAGUCAAUCUAAUAUUCCUGGAGACACAACCAAGUGAAAUUGUCUUUUCUCAAGCUUCAAUGAAAAUAAAAUAAUUGACACGCACAGAAAAAAAAAAAAUGUUCAUAAUUUUCUAGUAACUGAACAUUAAACAAAGCCCAAAGCUGAAAUUUAUGAAAACAGUUGAACAGAAUUUACCACAUUUAAAUUUUCAAGUACUUGGAUGUGCUAUACCGUGCACUAUUAAAAAUACUGAUUUCUUCAAAUCUGUCCCAAAGGCAACAAUUUCUACAAGUACAGAGGAGCCCAUAGUUAUAGCAAAGUCUGAUACCUGAACCAUGAAAGUAAAUUAUUGAAAGGCUCAAUGAGAGCAAAAAGACUUGUUAAAUAGGCUUCUCAAAACCACACCAAUUGUGUUUAGAUUAUAGAUUAUUUCCAGAAUGGAGUAUAAAGUAGUACUAUGAGGACUAUGCUUACCUGUUUAGAAUUUGGACCUUUCUGACCUACUUUCACUUUCUUAUUAAAAUAUUUUUCUUUAUUUCAGCUAAAGUAAUAUGUAUAUUCCACAAACAUUUUCCAAUGCAAAAUAAAACCAAAAUAUUAGUGUAGAGAGACUAAUGCUUUACCCCUUCCUCUCUCCUCUUUUUUUUUUAUUAUUCUGGUGGGUCAUAUUUAGCCUUAAAAGAAUUUCAAAAAACCCAACAGAAUAAAUUCAAGACCAAAUACCAUAGAACUAAUUCACAUUUUUAAGAUACCAAAAUAAAACAUGCUGACAAAGAACAAUUAUUAAGAUGUGGAUAAAUAAAUUUUAAUGUAUAUAUUUACUGGAUAGUUGAAUGCACAGAAUGAUCUGCCACACCGGUGGAAUUGCUUCAGAGAUUUUCUGGGAAAGGAGAUGUAUAUAAUUAUUAACUUCUUUGUUUAUAUUAAUGCUUCUCUCAAGUGCACAAUGAAAACCAGAGUGCGUAUGUGACAGCCUUCACAUGUAUCAUUAAAACAUUGUCUGUAUUCUUCAUUCACAAUAAACUCACCAUAUGAAUAACAA